AUGCCACCGCCGUCCAAAACAGGUCGGAGCCUGACCAAGCAGCCAGUGCGACCUGCGCGAUACUUUCCCGGAAAACAGGUCGGCGAAGAUCCUGUCUCGGAAGAGGAUUCGGACGAAGAAGAGGAAGAAGAAGAACAGCAAGCAGCACCUAAAGAGGCAGCACCUAAAUUCUCGUCAUUUCCGAAGAAAUUAGCGAUUGAUGCCAGACCGGCAGUAGCAGUCCCAAAAGCCCCAGAAGCGAAAGCCCCAGAUCUAGAAGGUUUCGAGACAGCGUCGGAAUCAUCAGAUGGCGAGCAAGACGGCAGUGGGUCGGAGGAAGAGGAGAGCUCCGAUGAAGAGGACAGUAGCUCGGACGACGAGCCUAAGCGACCUAUGUUAGCGCCCAAAUUUAUCUCCAAAUCGAAACGAGCACAACAGACUGCGCCGACAGUGUCAGAGGAACAGAAGGCGGAAGAGGAAGAACGAAGACGGAAGGAAAAGGCAGAUGAGCUGCUACAAGCACAAAUCGAGCGAGAACAGGCUGCAAGAGCGGCAGGCAAGAAGUUUUGGGACGAUGACGAUGCUGUGGACGAGGUCGAUGAUCGAGACGGCACAGAUCCAGAGGCAGAGCGCGCAGCCUGGAAACUGCGCGAGCUCAAGCGCGUGAAGCGAGAUCGCCAAGCCCUGAUCGCGAAGGAGCACGAACGAGAAGAGGUCGAGCGACGACGGAACAUGACUGCUGAAGAGCGCGAGAAGGAGGAUCGCGAGUUCCUUGAAAAGCAGCAAGAAGACCAGGAGGGCAAGGGCAAGAUGAAUUACAUGCAGAAGUACUUCCAUAAGGGAGCAUUCUUUGGCACAGAUGGCGAGGAACAAGACGAGGAAGUGAAGGCUGCCUUGAAUCGUGAUGUCGCUGGGAGGAGAUUUGUGGAUGAGGCUAGCGACAAAAGCGUGUUGCCGGAGUACAUGAAGAUUAGAGACGCGACGAGACUAGGCAAGAAAGGUCGGACGCGAUAUAAGGAUCUCAAGAGUGAGGACACGGGUAGCUGGGGAAGGUUCGAGGGCAAGAAGAGGGACUUCGACGGGGUUGAUGAAAGAUUCAGGCCGGAUGAGAAGAGUGGUGCUGAGAGAACAGGUGCCAAUAUGGCGCCUGUUGGUGAGCGGAGGCGGAGAGAUGAUGAAGGUGGUAGGGAGGAGAAGAGGCCAAGAUACGACUGA